CCUUUAUACGUUUGUGGUAUAAAAUUCUAUAUUGAACUCACCAGUUCUAGUGCAGCUACAAAGAACAAACCUCGAGUUUCGCGAGGGGCCUCGACGGAGAGAAAGAGAAAGAGAGAGGGGCCCUUCGAAGCCCUUCGUUGAUUUGACGUUUCUACAAAGUCGAGGCGGAUCAGCUACGCGUCGUCGUUAAGAACGAUGGCGGGUUCGGCUCUCAGACGACUGAUGGCUGAGUACAAACAGCUAACCUUGAAUCCACCGGAGGGCAUCAUCGCCGGCCCGAUUAACGAGGAGAACUUCUUCGAAUGGGAGGCUCUCAUCACUGGACCAGAAGGAACAUGCUUUGAAGGUGGAGUGUUUCCAGCGAAAUUAAUAUUUCCACCGGAUUAUCCACUAAGUCCACCAAAGAUGCAAUUCACCUGUGAAAUGUUUCAUCCUAAUAUUUAUGCCGAUGGAAGAGUCUGCAUAAGCAUAUUACAUGCACCUGGCGAUGACCCAAUGGGCUAUGAAAGCAGCGCAGAAAGGUGGAGCCCAGUACAGAGUGUCGAGAAGAUAUUGUUGAGUGUAGUAAGUAUGCUAGCGGAACCAAACGACGAGAGUGGUGCUAACGUUGAUGCUGCCAAAAUGUGGAGGGAAGAUCGCAGUGAAUUUGAGAGGAUAGCUCAAAAACUUGUAAGGAAAACCCUGGGUAUCCCUUGAGAUAGAAAGAACGCACAUUGUUAAUUAAAAAUAAAAAAAAAUGUAAACGCUCAAAUUAUAAUUGCUUAUUAUAAUUACUUUUAUGUUUCUCUAUGGCACAUUCCUAUAUGAAACAAUAAAUUUUUAUCUGUGGAAUAAAAUAAAUUUCUUUGUGUGUAAA